UUUCAUAUGUACACCACAUUUCCUCUCUCUUUAUAACUUAUUCCAUUCUGUUUGACACUCUCUACACAUAAAGUUCAAAUCAUAAGAGAGUGUGAAACAAAAAACUUUAAGAAAGAAUGGCAACAAAUGCUGGUCUUGUUCCAUUAUUUUUAAUGAUUCUUAUUCAAUUAGCCUAUGCUGGAAUGAAUAUUACAUCAAAGCUUGCAAUUUUAGGUGGCAUGAACCCUCUUAUCCUUGUUGCUUACCGCCAAAUCUUUGCAACUGUAUCCAUUGCUCCCUUUGCCUAUUUCCUUGAACGGAAUAUGGUUCCAAGGAUGACAAAGCGCAUUAUGGUUCAGAUAUUGCUAUCUUCUUUAACAGGAGUAACAGGAAAUCAGGUUCUGUAUUUCGUGGGGUUAAAAUAUUCAACCGCUACAAUUGCAUGUGCACUUACCAAUUUGCUCCCAGCUUUUACAUUUAUCCUUGCAAUAUUAUUCAGACAAGAGAAUUUGGGAAUAAAGAAGAAGAGUGGGGUAGCAAAAACGAUAGGGACAAUAUUGUGCGUUGGUGGAGCAAUUCUUUUAUCAUUUUACCAUGGAAAAGUGAUUGGAAUAGGAGAAUCAAGUAUUCAUUGGGGAUAUGCUGAGAAAAUUGAAGGAGGUUCAAACUCCUCUGCUGCCCAAUCAAACUCUCUUAAAGGUCCUAUUGUCUUAGUUCUUAGUGCUCUUAUUUGGUCAGCAUGGUUCAUCAUUCAAGCAGACAUGAGCAAGAAUUUUCCAGUACCUUAUACGAGCACAGCAUACAUGUGUUUCUUGGCAAGUUUUCAGUGUGUUUUCAUUGCCUUGUGUUUUGAUCGCAAGGUUUCAUCUUGGUCACUCCAUGAUGCAAUGAGACUUACCUCUUCUCUUUAUGCGGGAGUAAUUUGCACUGGGCUAUCGUAUUGUAUAAUUUCGUGGACCAUAGAGCGGAAAGGGCCUCUUUAUGUUUCUGUAUUCACCCCCUUGCAGCUCAUUCUCACAGCUAUUAUUAGCUGGGCUUUUAUUCGGGAGAAAUUAUACGUUGGAACUGCACUGGGGUCUCUCCUCAUUGUUGCUGGGCUUUAUGCUGUUCUUUGGGGAAAGAGCAAAGAGGUUGUUAUCAAAGACCCUGAUGCUGAUCAUGAAGCUGUGGUGAUGCCAUUGCCAGUCAAUGAAUUAGGGAGGAUUAAUGGUGAUUUGAAGAAUGACAUGGAAUUGCUAUCCUAUUUGCCAUCUAAUGGUAACCAUCACUAAGGAUCAUGUUGUUACAAAUUUAUUUAAGGGAUGGAAUUAUGGAUGGGUCAUAAUAAUGAUAUAUAUAAUAUUUGAGGCAAUUUGAGAGGAUGCAAUAUUUUUGUUUGCU